AUGACUGAUAUAGAUAUAGAUAUUGAUUAUUUGAAUGUUAAUAGGCUAGCAUAUACGUUUGAAAGUCUUCAUUCGAGCAGUAAUGACACAUUGAGGCAAUUAACCAAAGACACUGCUAUUAGGGCCUUGAAAAUAAUGAAUAAAUACCAAUCACUUCAUCCAAGUUAUAAAUCAAUGAUUAGUUAUUUGAGUAAUGAAAACACGGUAUUCACCUCAGAAUGGAGUGCCUCAGUUGAUAAGGCCAAUAGAUUACUAGUAAACAAAUAUACUGAUGAGCUACAUGAUUGUUUGCAAGAUACUGAUAAGGAACAAAUAAUGGAAAAAAUUGGAAACCUAUCUAAAAUAUAUACAAUCCAAGGAAAUUACCAACAAAUACUAACUAUACUAAAUCAAUUUCAUUCAGUUAUUCAGUUUCGAUCACAGCCAAAUGAUUUGAAUCAAUUCAUUCAAAACAGAUAUAUGGAGUUUAAUUUCAUCCAAUAUACAACUACUUUAUACAACUUAAUAUGGUUUCCGCUGAAUAAUGAGUCGAGUUCAAGUGCUACCACUUCUAGCUUGAAUGCAUUCAAAACUAUAAAUAAUUAUUUCAAGAAGGUAACUGUUUAUUAUAAUAAGAACGAAAUGCUAAUAAACAUUAACAAUUCGAACAAAGAAAUACAAUAUUAUUGGCUUUUGAAUUGGUUACACCUAACUGUCUAUUUCAACCAAGGUAAAUUUGAUGAGUUCUUGAUUGAGUUUGAUGCAUUAAUUAAUGAUGAAUCAACGUUAAAACCUCUAGAUAUCUUAAAUUUUGAUCCGGUUAGUUUGCAAAUGGAAAUUUUGAUCAUGUUCAAAAUAUCCAUAGCAAUAACAAAGCCAUUCAAGAAUCUAUCCUUAUUGAAUUAUGAGUUCAGCAAUAUUAUAGGUUCUGAUAAUGAAAUUUUGUUUGAAUUAUUUAAUGAUAAUAAUACGUUUGAGUUUACAGUUCAUGAGGUCUUUUUGAGUUUAUCAGAAUCUAAUUUUAAAGAGUUUAAAAUAAACUUUAAUGAAGAUGUAUUUAAAAACAAAUUAAUUAGCAUUUUGGGCUACACGUUUCCUCGUAAUGCUUUGAGUUUCAUACAAUUUAUAAAUAAUGUGGUUGAUUUCAAAAACUUCUUAUUGAUUAUUUCCAUAACUAAGAGGAUAUCAAAGUCUAAUUUGAUGUCAUUGUUGGGCUAUUCGAAUGAUUCUAUGACAAAUGACUUAUUAUUAUUUAUAUCUAUUUUGAAAUUAGGUGAACUAGGUAUUGGUUAUGAUUACGGCAAUGACUUGUUUUAUAAUUCAGGUAUUAAACAAAAUAAUUUGGCUGAGCAAAUAAAAGAUUUAGAGAAUCGUUUAACAGGAGAUAGCAUUGCUAACUUAAUAAAGGGCUGUCUAAUUGAACAGGCACUUAAUUCAUAA